AUGGAUUCACUUGCCAUGCGUUUGCCGACGACAUUCAGUGAGAAAAAUGAAAAAUCGAAAAAACGAACUACAAAAACUUUAGUGAGAAAAAUCGAAAACGAUAGCGGCAGUGGUAAUGAUGGUGGUAUUUGCGAUUGUGAUGAUGGUUGUAAUGGUAACGAUAAAAGUGGUAGUAAUGAUCGUGAAGUUACCAAAGAAGACUCAGAACUAAAAUUGCAAUUAGGGCCGUUCAAUUCAUCUUCCGCUGAUACCCUGUUGGAUUUGUUUAAUUCUGAAAUCGUGAGAAUUGUGGAUAUGGUUGCUCCUUGUCGUUAUGUCAAAUCUACUCAUGUGUCAUCCGCCCCUUGCACGACUAUAGAAAAUACUAACAAACCAAUCCAGUUUGAGUAUGUCUCUAGGGUCGUCUCUCCUGAAGCAAUUGUUAAUCUUUCAGAUUUUCAAAUGUGCACGCCAGAUGAAUUGCGUAAAAUACUGCAGCAGGUGCACCAGGAGUUUUUCACAAGAGCCUACAGCUACUUCGUUGUGGAAGAUGAAAAAACUGGAGUCUGUUUUGAUGAAGCUAUGGAUGGAGUGAUCAAACUGGAUGGAGUUGCUAACGCUGGAGCUUGCAUUCAAAAGUGCAUGGUUAAGAUCACGCACUCGUUUUUGAUUUCAUAA